UGGAACACUUGUGUAGCAGGGAUCAAAAUUCCACCAUUCAUCUGGGCGAACUUUUCCCCGGCUUUGAAAGGUCGUGAAGUUGCGUGCAGUUUGGUCGUUUUUGGUGGCAGCCGCUCCGCUGCGAUGGAGGCAUGUCCAAGGAAGGUGGAGACUCCUGCUCAACUUCCUGCACAAUACUCUUGAAGCACCGCCAGGAGACAAGAAGGGAGGCUGCUGCUUGGGCAAGGGCGAAUGGAUCUACGGCUCUCUGUUUUCCCCUAAUUACAACCACAUCGUAGUUGUUAACCGUUUAUACGCCCAUCUUCUUGGCUUGUAGCUCUCGAGUUCGCCGCAAACCUGCCGAAUAAUCGAUUGGCAACGUUUGGUAGCCAAGGCGGCGCAAAAGGAAAGGAAUGGAGGUGGUGGUGGAGUUUGACUACGAAGCGCUCCAUGAGGAUGAGCUGACCUUGCGAAAGGGGGACCUCAUCAAGAACGUGUGCUGCAUACAAGAGGAUGGCUGGAUGGAGGGAGAUCUCAAUGGGAAAAGAGGACUCUUUCCGGACAACUUUGUGAAGGUAAGAGCAGCCUACCUUCUUUUCACAGAGCUGAAGAAGAGACAGUGCAAAGUGUUGUUUGAGUAUCAGCCGCAGAACGAAGAUGAACUGGAAUUAAAAGUGGGGGAUAUUUUAGAAAUCACCGAAGAGGUCGAAGAGGGUUGGUGGAGCGGCGUCAUCAACGGCAAGUCAGGACUCUUCCCUUCCAACUUUGUCAAAGAAGUGGAUGUCGCGAAAGAAGACGGAGACUCCAACGGCACAACCCCAGAAGAGGCCGAUGGACACGGUGCGGAAAACGCAGUGACCCCGUCAUCGCCCCAGCCGGCUUCAGGCAAUGGAGCGAUUGUCCAGCCCAAAAAAAUCCAGGGGAUUGGUUUUGGAGAUAUUUUCAAAGAAGGCUCAGUAAAAUCAAAGGUCCGAAUUCCCCACCUGGACACAGAAGACAAAAAGGAAAAUCCACUGCCUUCAUUACCAUCAGCCGCAAAGCCCGCCUUUGCCAACGUGACAGAAAUGCAGAGGGGCGACGGAGAGAGCAACUCCAAAGCUAAAGACUUUUGUCGGGUCACCUUCGCUUUGGAGGCCACAAAUGAGGAUGAACUGACUUUGCGUGAGGAUGACAUCAUCUCGAUCAUAAGCAAGGACACAGGAGAGCCCGGCUGGUGGCGAGGGGAAGUGGGAGGCAAGGAAGGCGUCUUUCCGGACAACUUUGUCGUCAUGCUUUCGGAGAGCGAAAAAGAGGCUUAUUUAUCUCGAGGGUCGCGCAAGUCCUCACUGAAGCAAGACCCCGAAGAGAAACCAAAGAAGCCCCCUCCGCCGUCAAAGCACAUCGCUCUCAAACCAGAGGUUCCCAGCGCAGACAAGAAGCCUCACGCCAUCAGGCCAGAGGACAAAGUUGACAAGCCGGUGCCAGAUCCAAAACCACACAAGCCCGCGGCCCCGCUCCCACCCAAAAAGCCCGUCCCGCCUCCUGGCAAAGGCAAACCGGGAAACCUGCCACCCAAGCGGCCAGACAAGCCUCUUACUCCGUCACCAAAUUUGAAACAUAAUGGGGAAGUGCCGACAUCUCGUCCAAAGCCAGACUUGGACCUAUUGCUUCCCCCCAAGCCCAAAACACCCUCAAUGGAUACAGGAGACAAAUCCUUGGAAUCAUCUCUGAUGAGUUUUGAUGAGGUUUCCCCCAACUCAGAAAAGCUGUCUCAUCCCACCGCUAACAGACCAAAGAUCACCGGCCGCAGGUUGCCCGCCCAAUUUGGCGGAGGACAUUCGCCCAACAAGGAAAACGCCGUGGAGAAAUCCCUCAAGUUCGACGAGGAUGAUGGCGCCAAACUAAAGCUUCUGGAACCCAGAAAGCAUUCCGCACACAACCUGUCGCCGCCAUCGCACAAACACAGCGUGGAGGCCAAACCCGGCCCGGCGGCCGCAGCCUCCAGCUCAGAAAGCGGUUUCCAGGGAAGGGAGGAUCCCAAAUCCCAGUUGGAAGCGCUCAGAAGUCAGAUGAAGGAUCUUCUGCUGUCAGUGGAGCUGUUCAAGGCCCAGCAAAUGAAAGAAAUAACAGAGCUUCGCGGAGAGCUGGAUGAGGAAAGGCAAAAGCGUGUCGCCCUGCAGAUGGAGCUCGAUAAGCUAAAGAUGGCUGUCCACUCAACGUGAAGCUGAGCUCGGGGCAGGGAGCUCAAGGUCCAGCUUUCGAGCCUGACGACCAACGAGAGAGCCGGGUUUUGGGGGGACGGCGGCGACGGCGGGCAGCGGGAGGACGACGACCAACAGACAGUUGAAUGGGCAGAGAGACGGUGCAAUCAUUUUCACAUCUACAAAUUAACCUCCCCGUAUUUGUAAGAUUGAAUUUUUUGCACAUAUUUUGUUUUAAAUCUCGAUGAAAUUAAAUUACAAAUGUAUAUGAUAAUUUUUUUUUUUUGCCAACACAAAAAAAAAAAAACGAGGCCUUACUUUAAACUACUGUGCUCACGCGCAUGUGUUUUGUCUUUUCCAUUCCCUCCCGCGCUUCUCAAACGGCCUCACGACAGAGGGUCGCUCUCAGUACUACUGACUCUAUACAAAGCAGAGGAUCCUUGUUUUCGCCACCUAAUUUUCUCGCGCAACUUUUCAAAGCGUUCUUUUUCAUUUCGUCCUCAGGACAGAUCAUCCCCCCCCCCCCUCCUCUUAACAAGGCGCCUGCUGUAGCUGGAAUUGAAUCGUUCUUUUGCAGCGUCCCAGAGGAAGCUGACUCUCUUCUAUAUUUGUCCGCUCUUUUUGGAUGCAUUUUCUAGCAUUCCUAUCCAGGGAAACACUACUGUGCCUGUCAAAAAAAAAAAAAAAAAUUGUACGUGUCGUUCUGGGAGCUUAACAUUUACCCCAACGGAGUCUGAAAAUAUCCCAUCUCGAUAUUGUGUAUGUAUAUUUUUUUAAACUCUACCGACAUGCUCUCGAGGGCCUCUUCUAGAGUUAAGUUUCACUUGAGACGAGGAUUGUUCUCUUGAAAUUUAGCUGCAACCAGCAUGAAAAACUAAAGAAGGAAGAAAGGAGCAAAGUUUUUCUGGCUCGUGCCUAAGGAUGUAUAUACAGAAAAGUCAGAGUCUCGUUUUCAUCAUCUCUGCGGCUUGCUUACUUGUUCUACUCAGGCCACCGUCCCAUCAAAUCCCAGGUGGUCCGGUCUACCUCUUCCUCUCGUCUAUCCCCCCCUUUUUUUUUUGUUGUUUUUUUCAAAGUGAACAAAAUAACUUGUCUCACUGUUUUUGUGGUGAUUUGUCAAAAGCCUGUUCAUUGCUCAUCAGUUGUGUUUUUGUAAACGAGCUAUUUGGGCCACAUGGGGGGGGGGGGGGCUCUGAUUUUCAUGAGCUUAUGAGAAUGAAGUCAUUUUAACGAGUGAUUUUUUUUUUUUAAAUGCCAAAAUGUUAACAGCGGCCACGGUCUUUCGCCCAAAACCUGCCAUGAAAUUUUGCUUCAAAGCCCUCCUGGUGAGAUGAUUUUGGUCUGUCGUUUUUCAUGGUGGCAUCGAGGUACCAAAACAUCAACUAUUUCGUUGUAUUUGGGGAAACUUAAACUAAAUUGAAGUUGACAAUAUCCUUACAGCCACACGGGGUAUGAUGACACGUAAUAUUUCAUCUUUAUUUUCUUACGCUUAAGACGCCACCAAAUGUGACUUCACAUUUCUUUAGUGUUGAUAAAUUCUUGUUUUCAGGAUGGCUCGAAUACUUCUCGGUAUUUUGGGUCAGGGUUCACAUUCCAAAUAGUGAAAAGAAAACUGGAAGAAUACCGACAAACAUCGUACUUUUGUGAUUAAAAAAAAAAAAAUGCCCCGUUGUGCUACUUUGUUCAAGACAAUCUUCCCAAACCGUCUCUAGAAUCUUAAUUAGCAAUCAGCUGGUUGUUUGCUGUUGAAAAGGGUGUCAAAAAUGAUUCCGUUGAUACGCGUGGCAUAUCCAGGUUCCGACCCCCCCCCCCUCAAAAAAAGCUAACAAAAUGGCUUUGUACAGUUCCCCAAAUUUAAAUUAUGUACACUUGGUGGCGAUGCCACAAUGUACCGACGUCUCAGACCGCUCUGCACAAUAUUUUCUUCAGCUAAAGCAAUUUCCGAACACGUUAGCAGGCUGCCUUUUAAGCAAUAAGAUCAUCUAGCAUGAGCUAGAUGCUAAUGAUGCCGGGCACGAAGAUGAGAAAAAAAAAAACUCUUGAAACACCCCUUUGGGCCUCCUGCUCACGUGUGCCACACGACCAAGUUUUAAUUAUGAUCAUUGUUGUUGUGAACAGUUUUUAAAAA